CUGCAGGAUCCAGAGAUGGCAUCAGUGAAGCUGGAAGACUGCAGUCAAACACUGGAGCUGAAUGUCAACAUUAAAGAGGAAGAAGAGGAGGAGAAGAUUGGGACAUCGGUUUCUCAUGGUAAGAGCAGGUUUCUCAUGACUAUGUCCAAACCUAUAUUCAUUCACCGGGUCCUGAUUGUGACAGUGGAGCCCAGUUUGCACUGCAGGAUCCAGAGAUGACAUCAGUGAAGCUGGAAGACUGCAGUCAAACACUGGAGCUGAAUGUCAUCAUUAAAGAUGAAGAAGAGGAGGAGGAGGAGAAGAUUGGGGAAUCUGUUUCUCAUGGAAACCAUGUUGCCACGUUCUCUGCAUCCAGAGAGCAACAGCAGGAAGAUCAUAGCGCUAAGAGAUCUCAUCACUGCCCACAUUGUGAGGAGAUUUUCCCAUUUCUAUCAAAGCUCAAAAUACACCUAAAAAUACACACAGGAGAGAAUCUGUAUUCCUGUACUGACUGUGGGAAGAAUUUCACAACAUUAGAGGUUCUGAUCAUUCAUCAGAGAGUGCAUGAACGGAUACACACAGGAGAGAAGCCUGUGUCCUGCUCUGACUGUGGAAAGAGUUUCUCUCUACUGAGCAACUUAAAACGACAUGAACGCAUACAUACAGGAGAGAAGCCUUACUCCUGCUCUGACUGUGUAAAAUGCUUCACAACAUCAACUGAGCUAAAACGUCAUCAGAGAACACACACAGGAGAGAAGCCUUACUCCUGCUCUGACUGUGGAAAGAGUUUCUCUCAACUGAGCAACUUAAAAGCACAUGUACGUAUACAUACAGGAGAGAAUCCUUACUCCUGUUCUGACUGUGGGAAGAGGUUCUCUCUACUGAGCAACUUAAAAUCACAUGAACGUAUGCACACAGGAGAGAAGCCUUACGUAUGCUCUGACUGUGUAAAAUGCUUCACAACAUCAACUGAGCUAAAUCGUCAUCAGAGAACACACACAGGAGAGAAGCCUUACUCCUGCUCCGACUGUGGAAAGAGGUUUUCUCGACUAAGCACCUUAAAAAGACACCAAGGUCAACAGAAAGGACCAUUGAUCUGACUGUGGAAAAUGUGUUAAAACAACAGCUGAGCUUAAAGGUCAUCAGAGAGCACACAUAGGAGAGAAGUGUCGUGGAAAUUUCCUGUAUUACCAAAUCACGAGAGAGCAAACCACACACAAGUCAGAGUUAUCAUAAAGUCCAUCUUUAAUUAUAUGAGCGUCACCAUAGCCCUGUGACUCUCAGAUCAAUU